AUGUGGAACACCAUCAUCCACGCCCCCCUCUCCAACAGCCUCACCACCUACACCCUCUCCCCGUUCGCCCAAAUGCUCCGCCACCGCGCCUCCCCACCCAACCACUACUCCUUUCCUGUCGCCCUCAAGGCCCUCGUCCAGCUCCAAUCCUUCAAGGACAACAUGUCCUUCCAUUCUAAGAUUCUCAAGCUCGGCUUCGACUCCAACCCCUUUGUCCAUGCCAGUUUAGUCCAUUUUCAUGGCGCCUGUGGUCAUGUUGAGGAGGCCCAUAUGGUCUUUGAGUCGAUCUCCUAUUCAAAUAUCAAUGCUUGGACUGCACUUCUCUUUGGGUGUGGGAAAUUAGGACAGUUGGUGGCUGCAAGAGAGAUGUUUGACCGAAUGCCUGAGAGAAAUUUGGUUUCUUGGAAUGCUAUGUUCAGGGUGGGAGCCCACCUCUCCUUUCCCAUCUUAUCACCUCAAAAUUCCUUAUCUAUUGAGAAGGGCUAA